AUGGGGGGAAUGGGGAAAACAACUCUUGCUCAACUUGUUUAUAAUGAUGAAAAUGUCAAAUCUCAUUUUGACAAGAGAAUAUGGGUCUGUGUCUCGGACCCUUUUGAAGAGAUCAAGAUUGCUCAAGCUAUCAUUGAAGAAAUAGAUAAAGAUAAUAGUUCAAAAAGCUCAAAUGUGUUGCAAACCCUGACGCAAUGUAUAGAUAAAUUGAUUGAGGGUAAAAAGUUUCUCCUAGUUUUAGAUGAUGUUUGGAGCCCAAACUCUUAUCAAUGGGAAGAAUUGAUCAAACCUUUACGUAAUGGUGGUAUAGGAAGUAGGAUAUUGGUGACCACUAGAAAGGAGGAGGUUGUUACUUUAAUGAAAGCAACAACUCAAUUGAUCCAUUUGAAGGAGUUGGGUGAAGCAUUUUGUUUGUCAUUGUUCUAUUACAGUGCAGACAUGGAUGAGAGUAGUGUGUCCACCGAGUUUAAAAAUAUUGGAUCAGAGAUUGUGAAAAGGUGCAAUGGGUUGCCUCUUGCUGCAAAGACAUUAGGAAGCCUCAUGCGUAAUAAGAAAAAGAUUCAUGAAUGGCAAGCUGUUUUAAAGAGUAAGACAUGGGAAUUGAAAGAGAUUCAACAAGAUGUUUUUCGACCACUACUAUUAAGUUAUCAUGAUUUGAGUCCAGCAACCAAACGUUGUCUUUUGUAUUGUGUUACAUUUCCAAAAGAUUAUGUGUACAAUAGGAAUUGUUUGAUUGAGUUGUGGAUGUCGCAAGAUUAUUUGAAUGUCAAAGAAAGUAAAGAAAAGAUAGUGGUUGGUCAAAAUUAUUUUGAUGACUUAGCAAUGCGGUCAUUUUUUCAAGAUAUUGAGGAUGUUCAGUUUGAGUAUGGAAACAUAAAAUGCAAAAUUCAUGAUAUUGUACAUGACUUUCUACGAUAUUUGACAGAAAAUGAAUGUUUGAUUUUGGAUUUUGAGUUGGAUGCUAGUAAGAGAAGAGAUGUGUCAAAGGAUAAAGUUCAUCAUUUGACCUUAGUGCAUGCAACCGAGGGUGAUUCUCUGCAAACUUUUCUCCCUAAUUAUAAAAAAUUACGUACCUUGAUAGCUAUACAAUCAUCCGAAUAUUCCAUUGGCCCAAUAUUUGAGUUGAUAGUACAAUUGAAAUGCCUUAGAACAUUAGACUUGCGUGGUUGGCGGGGGAAGGGUUGUCUCAAAGAAAUUCCCGAGACAAUAGGUGGAUUGAUACAUUUGAGAUCUGCAAGGCUAGAUCAGUUUGUUGUCCCAAUUAUCGGUGGUGAUGAAGGAAACAAGUUGGAACAUCUGAAAGACUUGAACCAGCUUCAAGGGACUCUUGCUAUUCAUAUUCUGGGAAAUCCAAAUAUGGCGGAGAAUGCAGCAGCAAUCAUGGUGAAUAAGGCUCACCUCCUGGAAUUGAGACUAGAGUUUUACUCGAUUGAUGAAGGAAAGCAUGGAGAAAUUAUGAAUGGCUUAGAGCCCCAUCCAGAUUUGGAAUCUUUAUACAUCUAG